AUGACUUCCAACAGAAGCAACCUCUUGAAUCAUUUCCUCUUCCAUCUUCUCCUUCUUCUUCUUCCUACACUACUCCAAGCUCUUAACACCGAUGGUGUUACUUUGCUCUCCUUCAAAUAUUCAAUCAUCGGCGACCCUCACUCUGUCCUCCGCAACUGGAACUACGACGAUGAAACACCAUGUUCUUGGACUGGUGUCAUCUGUACAGAGCUUGGGAAUCCAAACACACCAGACAUGUUCAGAGUUACAAGCUUGGUUCUUCCAAACAAACAGCUUCUGGGCUCUGUUUCUCCAACCUUGUUUUCAAUCCCAAACCUAAGAAUCCUGGAUCUCUCCAACAAUUUCUUCCACGGGACACUGCCGGAUUCAGUCUCCAACGCUACUCAGCUUCGUGUUCUGUCUCUUGGCAACAACAACGUUUCUGGUCAACUCCCUGGCCGUAUCAGCAACGUGACUACUCUCCAGCUUUUGAACCUCUCCUCCAACGCAUUCACCGGCAAAAUCCCUCAAAAUCUCUCAUUUCUCAAGAACCUGACUGUUCUUGAUCUUUCCUCAAAUCUUCUAGACGGAUCUCUACCUCCGGAUUUCCAAGGAACAAGUCUACAAUUCCUCAACUUAUCACACAAUCGAAUCUCCGGCGAGAUUUCUCCAGUUUUCGCCGAGAAGGUUCCAACAACCGCCGUUCUCGAUCUCUCCUUCAACAAUCUCACAGGACCAAUCCCAAGUACCCCAACAAUGCUUAACCAAAAGACAGAGUCUUUCUCCAACAAUCCAGGCUUGUGUGGUCAGCCAUUAACGACCCCUUGUUCAAUCCCUUCUACUCUCUCAGACCCACCAAAUAUCUCCGAAACCACUUCACCGGCAAUAGCAGUCAUGCCCAGAACUUCAUCUACAACAACAAACCCUUCACCACAAUCACCUAACCAAACAGCUAAAAGCAAACUCAAGCCAAGCACAAUCGUAGCAAUCACACUUGCAAAUAUAGCUACUUUAGCUAUCAUAGGCAUCUUCAUCCUCUACCUAUACCAGCUCAAGAAACGCAGAAGCUACCAACAAUACAGCACUUUCAAAGUCUUGAAAGACUGUCUCGAAAAAAACGAUACUUUAACCGCGAAGAAAUCGACUCACCAGCAGAAACAGAGCGUAUUCGUCUCGGAGGCCACGAAAUCUCCAGCUGCGAAAACGGGAUGGAGCUCUUGCUUAAGGUACGACGAGACGACGUCGGCGGCGUCAUCGGAAGGUAAUAUCUCCGAGAGCGAUAUCGAGAGCCAGCUUCAAGACAAGAAAGCCAUGGAGGCAUUUGAUCGAACAGGUCGUGCGCGAGUGAAACACGGCGCUCAAACCCAGCUCGUGACCGUCGACGGAGAGACUCGGCUUGAGCUCGAUACUCUACUAAAGGCAUCAGCUUACGUAAUUGGGACCAACAGAAGCGGAAUCGUGUACAAAGCGGUGUUGGAAAACAGAGCGGCUUUUGCAGUGCGGCGGAUCGGAGAGGAGAGUUGUACGGCGACGGCGGCGAAUUUCAAGGAAUUCGAACGGGAGGUUCAAGCCAUCGCUAAACUUCGACACCCGAAUCUCGUUAGGGUUCGUGGAUUCGUCUGGGGAAACGAAGAGAAGCUUCUCAUCUCCGACUACGUCCCAAAUGGAAGCUUACAUUGCUCCUCUGUCUACGCAAAAGCAGGCUCGUCUUCAACAUUUUCACAGAACCCACUCUCUUUUGAGGCACGGCUCAAGAUAGCAAGAGGGAUAGCUCGAGGAAUUGCAUACAUCCACGACAAGAAGCAAGUGCAUGGGAACAUCAAGCCGAACAACAUUCUCUUAGACAUCGAGUUUGAGCCAGUAAUUACAGAUAUGGGCCUUGACCGGCUAAUGAUUCCGGCCCAAUUAUUCACUAACGGGCCAACGUCAAGCUCCUCACAACAUUAUCCACCUGAAUGGUCUACAAGCAAGAAACCAAACCCAAAAUGGGAUGUUUAUUCCUUUGGUGUUAUACUCUUGGAACUUCUCACAGGCAGAGUGUUCUUGGUCGAUCGAGAUUUGGUUCGAGAUUCCGAUGAGAAAAGUUGGUUCUUGAGGCUGGUCGAUGGGACGAUUAGGGCUGAUGUGGCUCACCGUGAGGAUGAGGCCGUCGCAUGCUUUAAGUUAGGCUAUGGUUGUGUAGCUUCCUUGCCUCAAAAGCGACCAUCCAUGAAGGAAGUGGUGCAUGUGCUAGAGAAAAUGUCUUUUUAG